UUUCACGAAUGUUUUGAUCGCAUAAAAUAUUAUGAAUUAAUAAUUUAAUAUUAAAAUGAUAUCAUUUAUUCUUAGUUUAUGAAUAUAAUAAGUAUAGAUAUAAAAUCGAAAUGAAUCGUUUAAUCAGCAUAAGUAGAGGCCAUAUUAACACUUUAAAAAAUAACCUUACUGGUUCAAUAUUGGCACCAAAUAAAAGUUUACGAGAUGUAGUUAUAAUUCGUGGAUUACACGACCAAAAGAGAAAUGCUCGAUCUACUCUCAACUACGUUGUUGCCAUCGGGGUUAUGACUGUAGGUCUGAGCUACGCAGCAGUUCCAUUGUAUAGGAUAUUUUGUCAGGCAUACAGCUAUGGCGGUACAACUGGGCACGUCCAGGCAGAUGAUGCAAUCAGUAAUAUGACUGCCAUGAAGAACAGACCGCUGAAGAUCAAAUUCAAUGCAGAUGUAGCUUCCUCUAUGCAAUGGAAUUUUAAGCCGCAGCAAGGUGAUAUUACUGUGGUGCCAGGUGAGACAGCCCUAGCUUUCUAUACCGCUCGCAACCCUACAGACAAGCCAGUGACAGGCAUCAGCACAUACAAUGUGAUACCAUUCGAAGCCGGGCAGUACUUCAACAAAAUACAGUGCUUUUGUUUUGAGGAGCAGCAAUUAAACCCACAUGAACAGGUGGACAUGCCAGUAUUUUUCUAUAUAGAUCCAGAGUUUACAGAAGACCCCAAGAUGGAAUAUGUGGAUGAAAUAGUGCUCUCGUAUACAUUCUUUGAGGCUAAGCAGGGUAUGAAAUUACCUGUGCCCAGCUAUGUUAAACAGUGAAAUUAUUGUUAUAGCAUUUAUGUAGUUUUUUUUAUUAGAAAAAUGAUAUUUCAGUGAACUAAACACUAUGCAGAAUAGUCGAUUAAUGUCUCAAAAUAAAGGUAACUUGACAGCUUGACAACAUUGUGUACAUCAGUUUAU